CCGAGUGCGGCAGUGGAGGCUAGAGCGCAGGCGGGCUCAGCCCAGGCGCCGGCCGGCCGGCCCCGCCCCCGGGGGCCUGGCGCCCGCCCCUCGCUUGGGCCCCGCCUUCCCCCACGUGUCUGCUGCCGGGGGAGGCGCCUGAGCCGGAGCGGGCCGCCUGCGGUCCGGCCCGGUUGGCGCAGAGGGUGUAGUUGGCGGCGCCCGGGAACGAGUCGCUUCCCGAUGUUCCCGCCCCGGCUGCCGCGGGCCGCGCUGUGCGCUUAGUGCCCGGCUCCGGCCCCCUGAGGCGUCCGGGGGGCGGUGAGAGCGGCCUCGGCCCCGCGGAGACGAAGCAGCUGGAGGGCGAGGCGGCGGCCGCCGGGAGGAGGAUGGGGGCUAACCAGUUAGUGGUGCUCAACGUGUACGACAUGUAUUGGAUGAACGAAUACACCUCAUCCAUCGGAAUUGGAGUUUUUCAUUCAGGAAUUGAAGUAUAUGGCAGAGAAUUUGCUUAUGGUGGCCAUCCUUACCCCUUUUCUGGAAUAUUUGAAAUUUCCCCAGGAAAUGCUUCUGAACUAGGAGAAACAUUUAAAUUUAAAGAAGCUGUUGUUUUAGGGAGCACCGACUUCCUAGAAGAUGAUAUAGAAAAAAUUGUAGAAGAAUUGGGAAAAGAAUACAAAGGCAAUGCUUACCAUUUGAUGCAUAAAAACUGCAACCACUUUUCUUCGGCUUUAUCAGAGAUUCUUUGUGGGAAAGAGAUUCCUCGCUGGAUCAAUCGGCUUGCCUACUUCAGCUCCUGUAUACCCUUUCUCCAGAGUUGCCUCCCAAAGGAGUGGCUCACUCCCGCAGCCCUGCAGUCUAGCGUCAGCCAAGAGCUCCAGGACGAACUGGAGGAAGCGGAGGAUGCUGCAGCCUCCGCUUCCAUGGCCAGCACUGCCGCAGGCUCCAGACCCGGGCGCCACACUAAACUGUAAAUGUCUCCAAAGUCACGCAUUCAGAACUGUCUCUGGCAGUUGAAUAUCACUAGAGAAGAGUAAAAGAGUAAAUGUCCUCUGGAUAUUUUGUAUGCAAAGAUGGCUCUCCCCCAAAUCCCAGUUUUUCAGCUCAGGAUUAUAUUUGUAAUCAAAAAAAAAAAAUCACUUGGCGCAGGAGGGAGAACUUUGUAUGAAGCUGCCCUCUGUCUUUUUUACCCACUUGUAAAUUUGGAUUUACUUCUGUUUUAUAUAAGCUCUGUUAAGUUAUGUUUACAGUAUUUUGUAUCGCUGUUUACAAAUCUUGCAUGGACUCCUGCCACCAUGAAAGAAGAAAAUCUUCAUGUCUUCAGAAAUUAGGCAGGUAAUCUUUGUACACUUCUGACAAUUGCCCGAGCUUCGGCAUAAAUAAUAGGCACACAAGAAGGUACUUACACAGUUACAGUCACCAUCACCUGCUUAAGAAUUGUCUUUUAGGUUUGUGUUUGUUUUUGUUACCAUUUUGGUACCAGGGUGCACAGAGGUGAAGGAGCACACACAGCCCUGAGGGCUUGGGACCUCGAUCUGCGUGAGAGGCGCCCGACCCUGGGCACCCAGCACUCCCUCCACUCCCAAGUGGUAUAUCUCCUGAGGUUCCCACCGAACGGUGGCUUUCAUCCCAAAUAUCUGGCCACCUCCACGGGGUGGUAUACUCUCGUGUCAGUCUGGCUUUGAUGCCUCUGAUUCUGUAAGUAAGAUGUUUUUCGUUAAAGGUAUUCUUACUAGUAACAAGUGUUUUUGCACAUGUGUUGGGGGCUUCAUUUUUAUUUUAAUAUAUAUUGAUAUCCUCCCUGCAGAGGAUUUUGUUUGUGGGGCAGGAAUAUCCUAAGUGGUAGCCUUCUGAGUAGCAGUGUGAGUUGACAUUCAACUGCUUUUAAGUCUUCAGGCUACCUUUUAUACCACACCUUGAAAACUAGAGUCUAAAGUAACACUCUCCAAAAAGUUAAUACUUUGAUAUUUUAAACAUUUUAUGUACCAUACCAGAAAGAGUAUGUUGCAGUUUGUUAGUUUGUUAUGGGAGUAGUUUCACCUCAUUAUAGAAAGCUUAGUCUCAUUGACCUCUUGUGGAAAACUCAUAUUUAUGUGUCUUAUUCAUGUUUUUCUUUCUCUCAAAUGUAUGUCUCUUACAUAACCUACUCGAAGAAUGAAAUUGUCACCACAGAUAAGUCCUCAUUAGCAAGGAAUCUGUCUGCUCAAGUCUACUCCCAGUUUGACCCUUGGAUGUAAGAGCCAAGUCAUUACAUGUCAAAUUCAAUUUUUCUGCCUUAAGAAUGAAUGUUCUACAUAAAAUAUUGGAUGCAGUGUAUAAAUUAUCCAAGGCAGUGACUUCAGCUUUAUAUAUAUAUAUAUAUAUAUAUCAUUAGUUUUAAAAUCAUCUACUUUUAUUUAAACUUCUAGAUUGGAUUGUUUGCUAUUGCUCUUUGUAAGGAUACAUAUCUUUCAGUACACUACAUUUUUAACUUUUCCAUAAGCUGAUUUUGAAUCAUUUUAUCAAAUUAAGCACACCCUGUUCACAGGGAAAAUAAACCUUGGGUUUGACCUGAGGAAAAUGAAGCCACUUAACCUAAUUUAUGCUUUUGACUGUUCUGUUGCUGGAGAGGAAAGCUUUUACAAAUUAUUCUCAGUUCUUUUAGCGGGGGGGGGGGGGGGCAGAGCACUUGUUUUAAGAGAUGUGACAGAAAGGAAUCUAUGAUCUUUAUGAAAAGUUGACCUGAUUCAGGUCUAAAAAUGAGAUUUAGAAUAAAAUGCGAAGACUCUUGACAGUGAAUCAGUUCACUCAAAGAAGAGUCCUAUCACUAAAACCCAGGUUAGUGAAAAAUGUUUGAUGCCAUUCGCUUGGGAUUUUUUGUUUUUAAUAAUGUGGUGGAUUCCAGUUUUUUCUAAUCCAUUCAAAUAGACAUGAGUUUAAAUCUGUGCUACGGACACACGUGAAGGAGUGGCCAUUAUUUAGGCACUUCUUGGCGAGUAGCCAGGAGCCUUCCACCUUUGCUUAUCCAGAAUCCAGCGCCUCAGCACACAAAUGAUUAUAUUGUUAUUUUGUUGUACUGACUUUCAUCUGCAGCAUUUGGAGUUUAAAAAUAGUGUUAAGGUCCUAGUAAAAAUAAAUAAUGGCCCUGAGGCCAAUUAUCGUAGAACCACCAGAUAAAAUUCUGGACGUGAGAUUGCUUGCAGUCUAAUGGUACUUGAGGUUGAGAAAUAAAUGUCUUUACUUUAGAAAAUCUCGUUUAAGUCAGUUUGUCCACUACAGUUCAAAAUUGAGGGUGAAUUCAGUUAACUAGCAUUUCACCAGCUUUCCCUUGGAGGAAAAGAAUCUUGUUCUCAACCCGAUCUCUGUUAAGAAAAAUCCUAUAUAAAAAAUCCAGUCAUUAAGAUACAUGUGAUAUGAUGGCAUCAGAUAUUCUCUUCGUAGUUGUAACCAAGUGAAACACAUUUCUCAUUGUGGGUUGGACAGUAAUACAGUGUUAAGAGGGUCAGAAGCUGCUGGUUUCUACUGUUUGUUUUCAGUGCCCUUGGGUUUUGUUUUUCCUUUGUUUCAACCCUAAGAAAGGGGCAUCAGCUUUGGAAAGUGUGGCCUGUGGAAUGGUAGAAGGCAGUGAUACAGCAGUAAAGAGAGCCUCCACUUGAUGCCUGAAAUCCAGCCCACUAUUGUUCUGACCCACAGCAAUAGUGCAAGUUACCUUCACCAGCAUUUGUACAUAGCAGGGAAUUCUGGUUUUCACCAAUUGAUAGCAUUGUGUGUGUGAGGAGAUUCAACCCUACAGACGGCUGCGGGACUCUAUAUCCAUGGCUUCUUUCCAUCACAAAACGGGUAGAAACUCAUUCACUGCUUCAGGGUUCUAAUCUGUGUGUCUUCUAAUGGGUCCAUUUCUAUAAGAUACUCUGUAAUUUUGAUACAUGCUGUGUUUUCUUUCAGUGACUAAGUUUAAAAGGCUUGGAUUUUGUCCAGCAAGCUGGCCAAACUGCCAUUGUACCCCUUUCCUUCAGUAUGGUUUAGAGUGCAGCUCAGUCAUUAGACUUUCAUUGUCUACUCAGUCAAUACACAUCUUCACUGUUUGAAAGGUGUUAACAGCUGUUCAAGAAUCUUCAUGAACCUGAGGAUAAUUUCUUGUGAAGUUGAAUGCAAAUGUACUGUCAUUCAUAGUGUUUAUAUAAAAAAAAAAUACCAGGAAUCUUCACUUUUGCUACCUUGAUAUAGCAUUGGGCUAUCAUGUUAACAUUGAAAUACAUCAAUUUAUUAAAAAAUACUUUUAUAAGAAA